GAACAUUUCCAUGUCUAGGAUCGUCUGCAUUGUGAUAUUCAGGUGCAACGCCCCAGUAGAGAGAGGUUAACUAUAUAAAGAAGUUUUUGGAGGUGGACAACCGGUCUUCCUGUAGCUGCUAUGACAAGUGCGCAAGUUGAAUCCGUUACCACCCUUGCAACUGGACUGUAAUACCGACGACGCAGCGAGAAUGGUUCCCGAGUUAUCCAUUCGAAACCUGGCUUCGCGAGAAAUUACAGUCGUCAUCGUCAAUCACAGCCCCGAGAUGCUUGAGCUCGAUACCGACUCCGUGAAGCUCUGGCGAGGGAAAUGGGAAGAAGGCAUUGUCGGAUCGGUGGUACCCCAGGCAAUCAGGCCUGGUGAGAGCGUCCUCUGGCGCUGCAAGUCGAGAGGCGUGGCCCAGGGCAUCGAGGGUUCCGUGACCUUCCAAAUCGCGGGCCCCCCACCCCAUGACAGGGUUCGGUUCAACUGGAAGAACCGCUAUUUUGGCCCCAACGCAUAUAUCGCGCAGAGUACUCGAAAGGGAUACAAGAUUGAAGUGGAGGGGGGUGAAGGGGCCCGUGCUGUUGUUGUCUUCGUGCUUGGACCGCAAUCGAGCACAUGAUUUCGACGAGUACAUGUUGAGAGGAAGCAACGUGCUAAGAGAGGAGGGUGAGGAGGUGGGGUCUCAUUCACAACGAUCGUUA